AUUACACAUGCGCAGUUAAUGCAUUCCAUCUCUAGACAACUUUCGCCGUUUCUUAGGACGCCGUAAAUUCUUUUUCACAUAGAAACGAUAUCGAGUGCAGACCAAGAGAAUCAGAAUUCCUGGAGAUAAGCAGUGCUGUUCUUAGAGAGAAAGAGAGUGUAGUCAUGAGGCUCAAGACUUCUCUUCCAAAGGAGCCAAAACAUUCCGAGCUGGUAAGCUGUGUGGCCUGGACGACAUCGGAAGAGCUCUACUCAUGCAGCGAUGACCAUCAAAUCUUACGCUGGAACCUCCUGUCCGAUGAGACUAGCAGUCUAGCCAAACUACCCAAUGACAUCUAUGCUACAGACAUUCAUUUCUUCCCCGGGACUGGGGGAAAGGCUAAGCAGUCACAAUCAGAUGUUUUUGUGUUGACAUCUACAGAUGGUAAAUUUCACUUGAUAUCCAAGUCUGGUCGAGUUGAGAAGUCCGUGGAUGCGCAUAGAGGAGCCGUGCUGUCAGGAAGGUGGAGCUACGAUGGUACUGCCAUGGCAACGGCCGGUGAAGACGGACAGGUCAAGAUAUGGUCUCGCAGUGGAAUGCUGCGCUCAACUCUAGCAUCUACGGGUUCAGCUGUAUAUUCAAUAUGCUGGUCACCUGAUUCCGAUCAGGUACUCAUAACCAACGGUAAACAGCUCAUUAUCAAGUCACUGCAGGCCAAUGCUAAACCUCUUCAGUGGAAAGCCCACGACGGUGUGAUCCUGAAGGUGGACUGGAACCCCGUCAACAAUCUCAUCCUGUCCGGCGGAGAAGACUGCAAGUACCGUGUCUGGGACUCCUACGGCCGUCAGCUCUACAGCUGUCACCCUCAUGACUACCCCAUUGUGUCCGUGGCAUGGGCUCCGGACGGAGAGCUCUUUGCUGUUGGUUCUUUCAAUACUCUCAGGCUGUGCGACAAGAGCGGGUGGUCUUAUGCCCUGGAGAAGCCCAACACUGGUAGUAUCUUUCACAUAGCUUGGAGUGGUGACGGUACGCAAGUUGCAGGGGCUUGUGGGAACGGUCAUGUGAUCUUCUCGCAUGUCAUCGAGAGGCGGUUGGAAUGGAAGAACUUUGAGGUGGUUGUGACAUCGAUUAAAUCUAUCAACGUUCGUAACGUGACGAAUGAUGCCAAGGAGAAGCUGGAGUUCAGAGAUCGCAUCAUCAAGACUGCCCUGUCGUACGACCAUCUUGUGGUUGCAACAGCUUCUCAGUGUUAUGUUUACAGCACCAAGAAUUGGAACACUCCAAUGAUCUUUGACCUCAAGGAGGGCACUGUCACACUCAUUGUACUAGCCGAGAAGCACUUUGGUAUCGUAGACGCUGCAGGGCUUCAUCUAUAUACAUAUGAGGGUCGUCUCAUCUCCUCGCCCAAGUUUGCUGGGAUGCGACCGGACACCCUGAGCUCACUGACGCUGUCCAUCUGCGCAGACACCGUAGCCAUCAGGGAUAAGACGGAUGAGAAGUUGGUCCAUCUCUUCGAGGCUAACACAGGCAAGCCACUGGAAAGCAAACCACUGUCUCAUAAGUUGGAGGUAAUGGAGGUAGCCUUAGACCAGCAAGGUCCGGCCGCUGACCGUCACCUGGCCAUAGUGGACAAGAACAGAGACCUCUACCUCGCUACCGUCCGCAACUUUGGCAAGCCCGCCAAGAUCGUCAAGCUGGGUAACAUGGUAACCAGCUUUGCAUGGAAUGAUACGACCAACGUCUUAGUGGCGCUCCAGGAUGGUAAAUUCACCAUGUGGUACUACCCCAAUGCUGUGUAUGUGGACAAAGAUCAACUGCCAUUCCAUGUGAAGGAUGUUAGUGACUUUGGUAAGAAUCCAACGAUAGUGGAUUUCAUCGGUACUCGCGUGACCAUCAGGAGGGCAGAUGGGGCCCUGAUAGGCACCACGGUGUCCCCCUACCCCGCCAUGAUGCAUGAACUGGUAGGAAGCAAGAGAUGGGAGGAUGCAGUCAGGCUAUGCAGAUUUGUGAAGGAUAAUGCUCUAUGGAGUUGCCUAGCAACCAUGGCUGCCUAUGACAAAGAGCUUGGUACUGCAGAGAUUGCAUAUGCUGCCCUAGAUGCUGUUGACAAAGUGCAGUACAUCCAGCACAUCAAGGAGCUGCCUCUGAAGGACGUGCGCAACGCAGAGAUGGCUCUGUUCUGUGGUAAUCCUCAGGAUGCGGAAGGCAUCCUCCUCCAGGCGAGCCUGACCUUCAGAGCCAUCCUCAUGAACAUUGAACUCUAUAACUGGGACAGAGCUCUCGAGUUGGCAGUCAAGUACAAGACUCACGUUGACACGGUUCUUGCGUAUCGCCAGCAGUUCCUGGACAGCUUUGAGAAGAAGGAAACAAAUAAGCGAUUCCUUCAGUAUUCACAAGGGGUGGAUGUAAACUGGGAGAGCAUCCAGGCAAAGAUUGAGAUGGAAUACCAGAAAGAGAGAGGAGGAAAAUAGACUGCAUCAAAGGAACUUAGAGAGUUACUUAUCCUCAUUAGAGAAGGAACUUUAUUCUCAAAGUCUUGCUGAUACAUGAUAGUAGACCCCCCCCCCCCUCCUUCCCUCUUCCCCUCCUCCCCUCUCCCCCAAAUGGAAAAGAACAGAAAAAAAGAACCUGCAGCAAAAUAUACAGGGAUGUCAGUUUCCAGGCAGUGGCCCGAUUUCAGGCACUGACACCCGCUCAUUAAGGGCUCUUCAAGUGCAGGCUUUAUAUCGUAUGGGACACCAGGCUGUCAGAGAUUCUUUUCAGACCCAUUAGAGCCCCACUGUACUACUUGUAGCUACUUGCUCCCUCUAUAUAGACAACAAUGCCAAAGCGGUGCCCGUUGGUGCCCCAUGAUCCUCUUUUUCUCAUGUUAAUUUAGAGCUGGAUUGAUGAGAUAACCAUCUGUCAGUGACCAUGUUGGGAGGUCUAAUCCCUUCUGGCCAAACUAGUGCAGACAGGCUUUAAUGAAAUCAACUGGUAUCUGUCAAUGUAAUCCAUUUAACAUGUAAAUGAAUUCCAAUUAGCUGGGGUGAGAGAA